AGGAAGUGAUGGAGAAGAGUGAGCGCAUCAGUCAGCUGGAGCAGGAGAAGUGUGCCCUGAUCAAGCAGCUGUUCGAGGCUCGAGCUCACAGCGCACACGACAGCAGCGCGCUCGACUCCACCUUCAUCUGACCGUGGUGCAGUCUGAUCUGUGCUUCCCUCUGCUGGAUAUUUCAGCUGUGGUGUUUAAUCUGAUGUUUCUGCGCAGUUUACCACACAAGACUGAUGAUCAAUACUGCGCUGAUACCUCAGACUGAUGAUCAAUACUGCGCUGAUACCUCAGACUGAUGAUCAAUACAGGAUUUUACAAGGAUUAUGAUAAAGAACUGCUGUAUAUUUACUACAGCAUAUGAAUAUAAGCUGGACACGAGUGUUUCAGAUCAUUACUGCGAUCACCUGAACAGCUACACAUCAGAGCAGAUCAGACACAAUAUGGAGGAGUGUGUUCUCCAGGAAACAGAAGAUUGUCAUUUCCUCUGCUGUGACACACCACUCUGAAACACCCCUGAAAUGAGCGUAGAUGGUGCACGAUUGCAGCCUAGAGGAGAAAUGAGACAUGCACUGAUAGCCCCUCCCCACGUCCCCUAUAGCCCCGCCCUACAGCACUGACAGCCCUCUGCUGGUUCAGCGGUGUGCCGCUACUCUUCAGCUUUGGGAACUGGUUGAUGUUAAAUGAUUGUUCAAGAUUUGAGUGAUGAUGAAAGACUGUUCUGGAGUCAGUGCAGCUCUAGAGUAGGGGUGUUUCACAGGUGUGUGUGUGUGUGUGUGUGUUUCUGCUGCAGUGUUUUACCCGUGUGAUGUGACCAAAAUUAUAAUUCCAGCUCUCUGCUUUACAGAACUGGAUGAUCUUCCUUCAUUAAAUCUUGCUGCUGUUGUGA